AAGUGUGUCUUGCUUAGCCCUGGUUUUAGAGGGAAGAUGUGUCGUUUUCGUUUGCAGACUUUCACUGGGAUUGCUUUUUAUUCUUAUCUUUCAACGGUGCCGUGUGGCGAUUUUCAUCUGGAGAGACAAUACAGUAAAAACUGGUCGUCUAUUGGCUGAUUUUUGUUGUAAAGUUGAAUUAUUUUUGUAUAAGAAUGCCACGGUCCAAGAAGAGGAAUAACAGAGGAGGACAGCACAGAGGUGUGCAGCCCUUCAGUGACGAGGAUGCCUCCAUUGAAACAUUGAGCCACUGCAGCAGCCUUAGUGAUGCUGCCAGUGUAGCCGAGGAAGUUGGUGAUGUUAGUGAAGACGCAGCUCAAGAAGACUUUGAAUACAAACUAAAAGGAUAUAUUGACAGCACCUUGGAUAAAAGUGCCAAGACCAGGCACAGUGCACUUGAUGGACUGAAAACUGCCAUGGCCUCCAAAAUGCUGUAUGAAUUUCUUUUGGAAAGAAGAAUAACUAUAACAGACAGCAUUGAGCGGUGUUUGAAGAAAGGCAAAGGUGACGAACAGCGUGCUGCCGCGACCUUGGCUUGUCUCCUCUGCAUUCAGCUGGGAUCAGGGAUUGAAAGCGAAGAAGUUUUUAAGACUUUGAAACCCAUUUUCAUGAAUAUUCUUGCAGACAGAACGGCCAACAUCCAAGCUCGGCAGGCAUGUGCAACCAGUUUGGGUGUUUGCAGCUUGGUUGCUGAAGAUGAUAUCUUGGAUGUGUACGCAACCAUGGAAUGCUUCGAAAGCCUCUUCGCAAAAUCGUAUACGAAGGAAGAUGGGACUCAGUCAGUCUUUAACGCCCAAACUACAGCGCUUCACAUCAGUGCACUUUUGGCGUGGGCACUACUGCUGACCAUUUGCUCCAACACGGAAGUGAAGAAAAUUCUGAAAAAACACUUACCUAGACUUCCCAGCCUUCUAGAAAGUGAUGACGUCAAUAUGAGGAUUGCUGCAGGAGAGACCAUUGCCCUUAUCUUUGAAUUGGCAAGAGACUUGGAUGCCGAGUUUGAAUAUGAAGAUUUGGAGUCUUUGUGUGCAAACCUGAAUGCUCUUGCCACAGACGGUAACAAGCACAGAGCCAAAAAUGACAAAAGGAAGCAGAGGUCUGUCUUCAGAGAUGUGCUCAAGGCUGUGGAGGAGGGCGAUUUCCAGACGGAGACGAUCCGGUUUGCUUCUGAGCGCAUGUACAUCGACUGCUGGGUGAAGAAGAGAACCUACGAUGCCUUUCGGGAGCUUGUAGGAUCUGGGAUGAACUAUCACCUGCAGGCUAAUGAGUUUAUUCGGAAUGUCUUUGAGCUCGGAGCCCCUUUGGUGGUUGAUUCCGCCGCACUGAAGGCGAUGAAAAUCUCCCGCUUCGAGAGGCACUUGUACAACGCUGCUGCGUUUAAAGCUAGGACCAAGGCCCGGAGCAAGUUUCGGGACAAAAGGGUGGAUGUCGGAGAAUUCAUAUAGAUGCCCGUCGGGGCCCAUGUUACUGUUUUUACCCCCCCCUUAAGCCAUGUUUAAUGGGAAGCAUAAGUAGGAUUAGGAUCAAAUUAAUUUAUCUUCGUAUUUAUUUCCCUAUUUUCUGUAUAUAUGCAUAUUAAGUAUUAAAAUCAUUAUUGUUUUGUCUGUCUUUUUCCUGUUGUCAGGUGUGAAAGACGUAUCCUUUAGCACACUCUAUAGAUAAAGUAAAAGAAUUGCAUAGUAUAAUCUAAAUCAUGUUUUUGACAUUGAGCUUUGUUAUAUUGUAUUAGGGGCAGGGUGAUAAAAUAAAUACAAAUGAGCAGAUUGA